AUGUCUCCCGUGGAUAUGAAUGGAUAUUGGAAAAUGACAAGCAAUGAAAACUUUGAUGAAUACAUGGAGGCUCUAGAUGUGAAUGUUGUCAUCAGAAAAAUUGCCAACUACCUCAUCCUAGAUAAGGAGAUUGUUCAGAACGGUGAUCAUUUGUACAUCAAGACUCUAACCACAUUUAGGAACUACGACAUGGAAUUUGAUGUUGGAAAGGAGUUUGAGGAGGAUUUGGUUGGUGUAGAUGACAGGAAAUGUAUGACCACUGUGAACUGGGAAGAGGAUAAGUUAGUGUGUGUGCAGAAAGGAGAGAAGGAGGGAAGAGGAUGGACGCAGUGGGUUAAAGGGGACGAGUUACAUGUGGAAAUGAGAGUCUGUGGAGUGGUGUGUAAACAAGUUUUUAAGAGACAAGUUUUUGACUGA